AUGAUCGUGUGCGUUAUUGUGUUGUGGAUUGUUGUGAUGUCAAUGCUGCAUCAUUUGGAGAACGUGGUGUUCGACUGCGGCUGUGGAAUCCGCUGGAUACAGCUGUGGCAGCAGCGUGGAGAGGCCGGACUCCACACACAACAACUCUACUGCAAGAACGGAGCCUCGGAGAUCCCCCUUCACAACAUGUACAUCAACAACUGUGGUGUGUAA